AUGCGAUAUCCACCCACGUUAAUUUAUUUUUUUAAUUUCGUGUGUAAACUGAGUGAAAGAAAACACUCCUUCCAGCGAACACUUCUGAGGCAAUCAUCAAAACCAUCGUUUACGAAACACCUUCAUUCUUUUCCCCAUUUCUACUUUGAUCUUUUUUUCCAUUUCUUCUUUUUCUCAAUUUUUCCAAUUUCUCUAUUAUUGCGAUUUUUUUCUCGUAUUGUUUUGUCUUUUCUUCUCCUAUUUUUCUUCUCCUAUUUUUCUUCUCCUAUUUUUCUUCUCCUAUUUUUCUUCUCCUAUUUUUCUUCUCUUAUUUUUCAUAUUUUUCUUUUCUUUUUUUUCUCACAAUUUUUCUUUUCUUCUCACAAUUGUUCUUUUCUCUAUUUUCUCCUUUUCACUUUUUUCUCCUUUUCUCUUUUUUCUCACAUUUGUUCUUUUCUUUUUUUCUCCUUUUCUUUUUUCUCAUAUUUUUCUUUUCUCUUUUUUCUCCUUUUCUCUUUUUUCUCCUUUUCUUUUUUUUCUCCUUUUCUUUUUUUUCUCCUUUUCUUUUUUUCCUCCUUUUCUUUUUUCUCCUUUUUUCUUUUUCUCCUUUUCUUUUUUCCUUUUUUUUUUUUUCUUUUUUUUUUUUUUUCUUUUUUUUUUUUCCUUUUUUUGAACUCCUUUUUUUCUUUUUUUUUUUUUUCCUUUUCUUUUUUUCCUUUUUUUUUUCCUUUUCUUUUUCUCCUUUUCUUUUUUCCCUUUUCUUUUUUUCCUUUUUCUUUUUCUCCUUUUCUUUUUCUUUUUUUUUUUUUCUCCUUUUCUUUUUUUUCCUCCUUUUUUUUUUUCUCCUUUUCUUUUUCUCCUUUUCUUUUUUUUUUUUUUUCCUUUUCUUUUUUUUUUUUUCUUUUUUUUUUUUCUCCUUUUCUUUUUUUCCUUUUUUUUUUCUUUUUUUUUUUUUCUCCUUUUUCUUUUUUCUAA